UCGUCGACGCAACUUACUCGCAACCCCCGCCAUCACUCGUCUAAAAUGUUCCCAAGUGCACUUAUUAUAACAAAGUGAAAUAAAAAAUAAAAUAUAAUGGAAAAAUGCCAGAGCCGUACGACCCAAAUGCACUGUGGGUGGCAAUCAGUGAGUUUGGAGAAGGGAAUCUGUUCCAAGUGUACCCGAAGUUGUUGGCAGAGAUCCUCAGUCAAGAUGACGCGGCGAGGAUCGAGGGAGACACCAGCGAGGCUGAGAAGCUGGUGCUGCCGAGCGACAAGGAGUUCAGACUGCAUAAUUACUUCAAUCUUGUCGCCAUGCAGAAGGCGUUGGAAGUGGAAGAAACAAGCAAUGUGGAGCGGCCAGUGGAGGAGCCGGUGGAGGAGUGGGCCCCGUGGAACCUGGUGGUGCCCACUAAGAACCCCAACGCACCACCGCCCGUCGCCGUUAGGACCUCGCCUGGCCCAGAAUGGGACAUAAUGCAGGUGUUGAAGGCUGCUCGACUCCUCUUCAAGCCACCCAUGUCCGUGGAUUUCCGCGACGAACAAGAGAUGAGAUCUGUCUACUCAAUCAUUUAUGAUGUAUUCCGAUAUAAAAUUAUCUUGGAUCAGGCUAUCGAAGAUGUAGAGUUCUUCGGUGAUUAUCCGCUAUUCUCAGAGUUCCGUCAGUCAACUUGGCUGUUUCUAAUGGAGCUGGCCCGCCGUCGCUGGGCGGCCAGGCCCCGAGGGGAGCAGGACCAGGUCACUGAGAUGUUGGAACGGGCCGGGUACCCCUUCAGGGAGAUUGAGAGCGCGGUCUGGGACCAGAGGGUGCACUUCGCCGCUGCUAUCGCAAGGAUCCGCAUCAAAAACAAAGCUUUCUCAUUGUCCGACCUCCUUCCUGCUCACCUGCGCGAGGAGCGAGUAAUGGCGUGUGUGCACAAAGAAACCGUCACGGGAUGGGUGAACACUUUCAAGGCCAAGAAGGUUGCAUCUCUGGUGAAACGUUUGCACGAGCUGGGAUACUCGUAUAGCAGUUCUCGACAGCUCUGUGCUGGGGAGUACAGGUUCGAUCGAGUUUGCCCCAGGUUUAUCACUCUUCGACCGCCCCCUGACAUCAGUAUUGGACAAUUGGACCUCGUCAAGGACGGUGUUAUCGUACUUCAGGAGCGAGAGUUCUGCGAGGGCGCGUCAACAUUAUGCCGGGCGUUGCGCGUGAAUGAGCUGCGCGGGGUGGUUGCGCAGACGCACGCGUCCUCGCCGCGCUCGUCCGCCUACCUCGCCGCGCAACUGCGCGAGCUGGCCGCUGUGUUACGAGCCAAGACCCCCGCCGCGCCCGCUACCCCGGAGCUUGGCAAGCUCGUUGUAUUUGGUGCUGGCGAUAAAGUGGAAAGCUACGUGGAAUCCCUGCGACACCUGGGCAUCGACGCGUCAGUGGCCCCAGAAUCCAACUCCCCGGUGUGUGUGUACAGCGAGCCAGUCCACUGCGAGACCCCCAAUGUGACCAGUGCCUUAGACGGAGUCGUCGCAGUCCUGGCCACUCCGCCAAACUCAUACUCCUCUGUCACCGAUCCUAUCGAUUUGGUCUGUGGCAGAGGAGGCGACUUGGCUAUGCUUGAGAUUUUGACGGAGUCCGAGAUAAACCAUGGCGGGAAAGAAAGAGUACAGUCCAUAUUGGAAGAACAGAAGAAAACUUUGAAAACUCUACUGUCCAAACCGCAAAUUCAACUAAUCCUAUACGAGACCCACUCAGCCCUGGAGGCGGAGAACCAGGCGCAAGUCACGCGGGCGGUGGCAGAGGCGAACCGUCUCGCGCGAGAGAGACACGCUUUGUUGAAGAAGAAACCUAAGGAUCACGCUCCGCACUCGGCAAAAGCCAAGGACAUUCCCGAAGUUCCUUUCGAGUCGCUAACCUCGAUGGAGAACACAAUAUCGCGUUCUGACAUAGAAAAGGAUGAUGUGGAAGAAAUGUCUGUAGUAGAAGCAAUCAAUCGAAGCGAAGUAUUUGGCAGUCCUACGAAGAUCAGGCCUUUAGAUUCUAACCCGGGAGACUUCGUGUUGAAGAAGAGACCGGAUAGCAGUGGAGUGGGGUCGAGGCCUGGAACCAACAAAGCGAGGCCUAUUCCAACGGCGCAGGUUCCCGAAAAUAACUCAGUUGCUACCCCCAGAGACCCGGAUAAAGACAGUCCUGAUGUGCCUGUGCCAAACUGUGACUUGUUCGAGAUAGGAGCCUUGCCAAAUCUUGGAAACGGAUUGGAUAUCAAUUACAUCUUAGAUAGGGAUGGCUGCUAUCUUGGCCUGAUCCAGAGAAAAGAAAUAACCCGUCUCGACGCGAAAUACAUGAUCCGUGUGGCGGAAGAGCGAGGUCUGUUCGGCCAAAACCCAACUCCUGCGCCGCAGCGACGCAAGAAGCACGAGCCAGCGACCACCACGCCGCGCCGGCGCCGCCGCAAGACCAGCGGCUUCGAGGUCGAGCGCGUAGCGGCGCCGACGUACGCGUCCAUCGUGCGCUCGUGCCGCCGCGGCAGCGCGCCGGCCGCGUGCCUGGCGCCGCUGGAGGAGGCGCCCGGCAGCGGCCACGUGUGCGAGAAGCAUGCGCGCAGGCAGGCCGCCGCCUCCGCCCUCGUCGCUGCCGCCUGCGCCUGCGACGCUAGGCACAGAACGCAGAUCCGCGGGCGGCGCGCGUCGCUGGAGGCGCCGCGCGCUUGCGAGUCCCCCCGCGGGCCGCCGCCCGCCUGCCGCCGGCCCUUCCCGCUCGCCGUGCACGACCUGCAGCUGCGGACCGGCUCGACGCACCACAAAGUCUUCGCUUCCUAAACCACCUCCAUGUACGACUGGCAGGCCUAUUUUGAGGAUGGGUUUUCACUUUUCACCAAAGCUUCGAGAAGACACGCGCGGAAUAAUAAUAACCGUCUUAGAGUUAAACUACAUCUGGCGUCACCGCAUCGCACUUUUCUAGUCAUCUAUCCUUUUCUAUUACUCAGACAGAACAGUUCUUCGUUGAGACAGUCGCACUCGAGCGCUUUAUCUCGCUCUAGCAAAUAUGUCGGUUCUAAGUGACAAAAAAGGAUAGAAGCGGGAGAGAUAUGUUGCGGUUCGCCCACAUGUAGUUCAAUUCUUAUAUGGAAGCCCACCCUUAUAACUUGACAGCUUCGGUGGGUAUAACCUGAGAUCUGAGAAAAAAUGAAAGUCAAAUUACAUUAUCGAAGGAACAAUGUAAAAAAUAUCUUAUUUUGAAUUUUAUUUUUGAUAUAUCCCAGUUGUCCACCAAAGCUGUCAAAAGUUUUACAAAAUAGGAAACUUGAAUGUACUUAAUAGAAAACACGAGGACAUCCCCUCCACUCUCUAGUCCGAUUUUACGAGUUUAUAUUGACGAUAAUUAUCUAGUUUAAAAUUCUAAGAAGGGGUUUGGGUUACAAUAAGAACCCAAACGGGAUUACUAUAACGCGAUAGUUUCUUAUGAUUUUAAACAGUUUUUUUAUGUCUUUUAGUCGUCUUAGUUCAUGGGCUCUUUCGUCUAAUUAGAGCUUCGCUUUAAAUAUUUUACCUUUUAAUGUUAGCUAAAUUUUAAAAUCUUGUGUCAAAAAUAAUAUUAGUGUAAUAGUUUCAUAGUGAAGCUGGCUCUGACUGUUACUGUACUAUGUAGUCGACAAUGGGCCGAUUCGGGCAACUACCAACUUAAUUUUCAAUUUAAUUUGACAGGACUUAAACUAGCUCUAUCUCUUUCUUGCACUUAUUGUAAGUGAAAGACGGCACUAGUUUAGGAGCAGUCGAAUAAAAUUAGGUUAAGUUUGUGUGCGCCCGAAUUGGCGCCAUUAUUAAAUAAAAAUGAAGCUUUUUCCUUACUUUCAAUAUAAGGAAAAUGUCGAUUUGAAAAAGUAGCACGUCACAGUUGGUAUUUAGUUUAAAAAUAAGAGAUAAAGAGAUAGCAUCAACACAUAUCGCGAUUUUUACUUCGAUCUUUACUAUCUAACGUUUUAGUUAUACUUUAAGAAAAAUCUGUAUAGAAUUAUCAACAUAUGAAUUAGCGGUAAAAGUUCCUAUCAU